AUGGGCAAUACUAUCCCUUCAUGCUGCAACCCUAAUUCCAGCUCUCCAGUGAAGCUAUUCUUCUGGGAUGGCACGACAAAGAUGCUCACCGGAAAGAAGCUAGCCGGCGAGCUCAUGUUCCAAUUUCCAGAUCGGAUUAUCUGCCAUGCUGACUCCUUCUACAUCGGCCACCCGAUCCAAGCAUUAUCGAUUGACGACAGGCUAGUGAAAGGCGAGACAUACUUCAUUCUUCCAGUCAACCCAUUUGCAGGCCAGAUCCUAUCAACCACAUCUCUCGCCACACUGUCUCCAGCUCCAAAAUGCAAGCUGCCCAUCAGUUCCUGCAACAACCCAUUUCAGUACAUCAAGGGAAGCAAUGGUCGGAUGAUGAUGAAGGUUUCACCAGAGUUCAUGAUGAGAAUAAUCUCAGGAGGAGGCGAACAAGGGUGUAACCCUAGCAAGAGCCCUUUGUGCAGUACGCCAGAGCUGUGGAAGCAAUACAAACUGCUGGUGGGGUCCAGAGAGCAGCGGCCAAAUAUAAGAAUUUGGAUCCUCAGAGGUGCAGAAGUGCUGGAGCCCUGCUGGGACAGGGCUCAAUGCAUGCUGCUAAAGACGACACAGAUUAGUCCAAUUAGCCCUCUAAAAGCUGCAGUUUCCUUGGCCCACCUUGCAUUGAACCGAGUCUUCAAUGAAAGGGAAAGAAGACCUAAUGCUUUUCCACAACAACGAAGGGUGUAG